AUGGCAGGGGAGGUUACUUUUAAAGACUUCCCAAUGUCUGAAGAGAUGAUUCUGAAGCAAUACCGCCGGCGAGAUCUGUCUCAUACUCAUGCGUUUCGGAUGGCCUGCAGUAAAUCGGGUCCUCCAAAGUCCAGAACGAGACGUAUAAUUGCCCCUCCUAUGGAAAAAGUAGAAUCUUGGGUGUCACAGCCGGGAUGGGUAAUACCAAUGGACCCUAAUAACAAUCACAAACCCGAGACUGUUAAAACAGGAAUUACCAAGACAGAGACGGGGCAGAGCUGCUCAGAUUGGAUAGCGGCCAGAAAGAAAUUCCGGCAACAGCUGGACAGCAUGGGAGAUGUUGAGGAAUUUCUAAAUGGGAAGCCAGUCCUAACUGAGUUGGAGACCCAAGUCGAGGAGAGGAUAAUACAGGAACGGUCAAAGACCCUGACAUCUCAUGGAAUGACUCCAGACACAGAAGUCCAGGAAGGGAUGUUAGAGGAAAAAUCAAGACGACCGAUGUCAGUUUCAGUCAUGACCAAAUGUGUGAAGUCACAGGUAACAGAAAGCAGCUUUAUGAAGAGUCCACAGAGCCACAUUGCCACGCCGACCCUCCAGUCUCCAAGCCCAGAUGGCCUGGGCAUCAUGGAUAAUUAUUUGCAUCAGCGCCGUCUGCGCCUCAUGGACCUGUACAACCAGACGGACAAGACGAAGAAGAAGAAUAUAUCCACCAGUGAUCUUAAAGCUGUCAGGAAAGAGGCUGGAUUACCAAUCAAUGACUGCCAAGUAGAACAUAUAGUUAUUUCACUGAGUGGCAAAACCCCAAAUUAUGUCAACUAUAAGGAACUUUCGAGAGGGAGGUCUGCAUGGAAGAAGGAGAAUAUGGAAGAACACUUAAAAAACAUAACCUCACAGCCAUUAACUUCUCACAAAGGACAGAAAUCCAUGGAUACCAAUACACAGUUUGCAAAAAUGCAGCAUGUACAAUCCAAAGUUGGUGAAGGUUCAAGGAGAGGAUCUUCACCCCAGUACAGCGAACAAAGUGAGGAAAGCAACAGAUCGCAGUUUCUACAGGUACCCCCAACUGACCUGGGAGAGAAAAGAUCCCUCAGUUACGAGGAGAUGGAAGACGUCAUCAAGCAUUACAGAGACAGAAAGCGCAGAGCGAAGAGUAGCACCCCGUGCGAGCGCUGGUCGGAUCAGAGUCGUACUAUCCGCACUUGGAAUGAUGCAGUGGACACUCACUCUCAGCCAUCCACACUGAGCGAAGAGAUGGGAGAAAAAGUGGAUGCGUUCCGGAGAAAGUGUCUGUGGCAGUACCAUGAAAUCUCAAAACUGUGUCAGAUUUACAAAGUGGCGCUGUCUGAGAAGCUUCUGGAGAGAGCAUUGUUGCACCCUGGGGACAGAUGGAUUCACGCUUCAGGACAAUCCUUACAGAUCCGACAACCUGGAACAGCGGCUUUUUCCACCAAAGACGUCCCUAAAAACCACAUUCUUGCCCUGAAGGAAUUUCUAAACAGUGGUAACACCGGCAAGGAGACUCACGGAGGAAUUCCCGCUCAUACGCCUUACCCACCAAAAGCCUAUGUAAAUAGAAUCAAAACCAGGGUGAGGGGCAAUGCGAAGACUACCAAAGAAACGCUGAACUGCUGGGUCACUUUUGAGCAGUUCCAGGGGAUGAUCUGCAAUCUGAAGAGGAAGCACACUUACUGUUUCCGGGCUACCGAAGACAACGCUUUUUGGCCUGGCCAUCUUCUGGAAAAACUUUGUCUUUAUUUACCCCAAGCUACUCAAACACAAUUGAAACCAUAG